AUGGAGACGCUGAACGGCCCCAUGGGUGGAGGCUCCCCGGACUCGAAGCCGCAGCCUCCGGGCCAGCACCAUCGCCACCAUCACCUCCACCCGCUGGCCGAGAGGAGGCGGCUGCACCGCGCGCCCUCUCCCGCCAGACCUUUCCUUAAGGAUCUGCACACGCGGCCCGUGGCGGCGACCGCUCCAGCCCCAGCCACCCCGGGUUCGGGCCGAGCCUCGGCGUCCGCCGCCCCGCGCUCGCCCAGCCUCACCGGGAAAGCACCGCCGUCGCCGGGGACCCCGGCCGCGCCCAGCCGUCUCUCCCGGCGCAGCGGUGUCGCCCCGGGCUUGAAGGACAAGCCGCCGCCGGGCAUCGGAGUCCGGGCGGCGGGCGGCGCCAAGGCCACCCCGGGCACCAGGAGGGUAACACGCACGGUCCCCGCGGAGCCACUGCUCCGGGCAGGGAAGCCACCCAGCGCCGAACUGUCUCCCGCCGCCGCCGCCGCUGCAAAGGGCCGCAAGGCCAAACGUGGACCCGGGACGCCCCCGGCCCGUGCCAUCGGCUCCCUGAACCUGACCACACAGGUGCCCUCCGUGACCCUCUCACUGACCUCGGCGGCGGGUUCUCUGGUCCCUGGCAAGGGAAUCAGCCACACGGACAGCAGCUCCGACCUCUCCGACUGCCCCUCGGAACCCCUGUCCGAUGAACAGCGUCUGCUCCCCGCGGCCAGCAGCGACGGCGAGUCGGGCACAGGCUCUAGUGACCGGGAACUCCUGCGAGGAGCACCCACGCCCAACUCUGCAGGCCGGGGGGCGCCCCUGGGCAGCCCGGAGCCCCCUGUACUCCUGACGACACCCCAGGGCAUCAGCACCUGUCUUGGGGGCCGAAGCAGUCCAAGCGGGGUCCCUCCAGGCUCUCCAGGGCCUGGUGCGCCACCGGAGAGAGGGGUCCCCGGGACGCCCAAGGAGCCGGGUCAGGGCGAGCAGCCUCGCCUCGUGGUGGUGGCUGCGGAGGAGGAGCUGCUGCGGGAGAUAGAAGAGCUGCGCUCGGAGAAUGACUAUCUCAAGGAUGAGCUGGAUGAACUCCGUGCGGAGAUGGAAGAGAUGAGAGACAGCUAUUUAGAAGAAGACGUUUACCAGCUGCAGGAGCUUCGGCGAGAACUGGACCGUGCUAACAAAAACUGCCGAAUCCUGCAGUACCGACUCAGGAAAGCCGAGCAGAAAAGCCUGAAAGUGGCAGAAACGGGGCAGGUGGAUGGGGAACUUAUCCGAAGCCUGGAGCAGGACUUGAAGGUAGCCAAAGAUGUGUCUGUCAGAUUGCACCAUGAACUUGAGACUGUGGAAGAAAAGCGUGCUAGAGCCGAAGAUGACAACGAGACUCUCCGGCAGCAGAUGAUCGAGGUGGAAAUAUCCAGACAGGCGCUCCAGAAUGAACUGGAGAGACUGAAAGAGAGUUCACUAAAGAGGAGAGGCAGCCGGGAAAUGUACAAGGAGAAGAAAACGAUGAAUCAGGAUGACAGCGCGGAUUUAAAGUGCCAGCUUCAGUUUGCCAAAGAGGAAGCCUCCCUAAUGCGCAAAAAGAUGGCCAAGUUGGGGCGGGAGAAGGAUGAGGUGGAGCAGGAGCUGCAGAAGUACAAGUCCCUGUACGGCGACGUGGACAGUCCCCUGCCCACCGGGGAAGCUGGUGGGCCCCCCAGCACCCGGGAAGCAGAGCUGAAGCUGAGGCUGAAGCUGGUGGAGGAGGAAGCCAACAUCCUGGGCCGGAAGAUCGUGGAGCUGGAGGUGGAGAACCGUGGCCUCAAAGCGGAGAUGGAGGACAUGCGGGUCCAACACGAGCGGGAGGGAACGGGCCGGGACCACGUGCCAAGCAUUCCUACCUCACCUUUUGGGGACUCGCUAGAGUCCUCCACAGAGCUCCGCCGGCACCUGCAGUUUGUGGAAGAGGAAGCUGAGCUAUUACGGAGGUCCAUAUCUGAGAUCGAAGACCACAACCGGCAGUUGACGCAUGAGCUGAGCAAGUUCAAGUUUGAACCUCACCAGGAGCCGGGGUGGCUUGGGGAUAAUGUAUGUAAGGGCUCUGGGGGCGCCGGGGUCCCCCUGCAGGAGGAGCUGAAGUCAGCCAGGCUGCAGAUCAGUGAGCUGAACGGGAAAGUGCUGAAGCUACAGUACGAGAAUCGGGUGCUGCUCUCCAAUGUCCAGCGAUGUGACCUGGCCACCCACCUGGGACUGCGUGCCCCCAGUCCCCGGGACAGUGAUGCUGAGAGUGACACAGGCAAGAAGGAGAGUGAUGGGGAGGAGGGUCGCCUGACCCAACCCAAGCGGGAGGGUCCAGUUGGCGGGGAGAGUGACUCAGAGGACAUAUUUGAGAAGACAUCAGGUUUUGGGAGUGGAAAACCUUCUGAGGCAAGCGAGCCAUGCCUGGCAGAGCUGAGGGCUCGAGAGGACACCGAGUCUCUGAUGACCAUCAAGCACGAGGCCCAGAGGCUAGAGCGGACCGUAGAGCGCCUCAUCACAGACACGGAUGGUUUCAUCCAUGACUCAGGCUUGCAGGGUUGUGGGUCAGCCUUGCAGAGUGAGGGUGAGGGGGUCCAGAAUGAACCCCAACUGCUAGAAACCAUCAACAUGAGGAUGAAGGCUUUUAGGAAAGAGCUACAGGCCUUCCUGGAGCAGGUGACCCGGCUUGGGGAUGGCUUGUCACCCUUGGCUCACCUCACAGAGUCAUCCAGCUUCCUCUCCACUGUGACCUCUGUGUCCCGGGACUCCCCCAUCGGGACCCUGGGAAAGGAGCUGGGCCCAGACUUGCAGUCCAAACUGAGAGACCAGCUGGAAUGGCAGCUCGGUCAGGACCGAGCGGAUGAGCGAGAGGGCCUGCGUCUCCGAGCCACUCGGGAGCUGCACCGCCGGGCUGACGGGGACGCUGGCAGCAACCGUCUGGGAGGCCAGAGCUGCCUCGAUCUAGAGCUCAGGGGCCCCCCUGUUUUACCUGAGCUGAGUGUGUCGGUAGAAGAGCUACAGGGUCAGCUCAUGCAGGCGGCCAGACUGCAUCAAGAGGAAACAGAGACAUACACUAACAAGAUUCGUAAGAUGGAGGAGGAGCACCUCUAUGCACUAAGGUGGAAAGAACUCGAGAUGCACAGCCUGGCUUUGCAGAACACCCUUCACGAGAGAACCUGGAGCGAUGAGAAGAAUCUGCUGCAGCAGGAGCUCCGGUCCUUGAAGCAGAACAUCUUCCUCUUCUACGUCAAGCUCAGGUGGCUGCUGAAGCACUGGCGACAAGGGAAGCCGAUGGAGGAGGGAGGAGAGGAGUUCGCCGAGAGUGAGCAUCCAGAGACCCUCCCAGGGCUUGCUGAGCUGGGAGUCCAAGGGAGUCACCAGACAGAUGGGCCAGACAGAGAAGAUGGUGACCGACGCUGUAGUUUUCCAACCGGGGAACACACUUCACGCCCCCCCGUGCAGAUCACUGAGCAGGGAUCGCGGCUGCAGAUUGUGGAUGGGGGUUCAGUCAACAGGCAGGUGGUAGAAAACCAGCAGCUCUUCAACGCCCUCAAGGCCCUGCUGGAAGACUUCCGCUCUGAGCUUCGGGAGGAUGAGCAUGCCAGGCUGCGUCUGCAGCAGCAGUAUGCCAGUGACAAAGCUGCCUGGGAUGUGGAAUGGGCUGUGCUCAAGUGCCGUCUGGAACAGCUGGAAGAGAAGACUGAGAAAAGCUUGGGAGAGCUCGACUCCACUGCAGAGGGCAAAGGGGCCUUGAAGAAGGAGAGGGAGGUGCACCAGAAGCUGCUGGCCGACAGCCACAGCCUGGUCAUGGACCUCCGCUGGCAGAUGCAUCACAGUGAGAAGAACUGGAACCGCGAGAAGGUGGAGCUCCUUGAGCGCCUGGACAGGGAGCGGCAGGAGUGGGAGCAGCAGAGGAAGGAGCUCCUGUGGCGGGUGGAGCAGUUACAGAAAGAGAACAGUCCGCGGAGAGGUGGCAGUUUCCUUCAUGAUCAAAAAGAAGGCAACAACCGUCCCUUUAUGCACCAAGGAGGCCUCCGUGCACCCCGACCUGUGUCCAUGUGGCCCUGUGCCGACACUGACUCCAUUCCCUUUGAAGAGAGGCCACUUUCCAAGCUAAAGGAGUCAGACAGGUGUUCAGCCAGCGAGAACCUCUACUUGGAUGCCUUGUCCCUGGAUGAAGAGGCAGAGGAAGCGCCACCCCUCGGGAACUGUCUCGCCGAGGAAGAAGAAAAUCAUAGGGGAAAUCUUCAAAGGGCUGUGUCUGUGUCCUGCAUGUCUGAGUUCCAACGCCUGAUGGAUGUCUCCCCCUUCCUGCCUGAGAAGGGCCUGCCAUCUGCCAACAACAAGGAAGACAUCACACCACCCCUGUCUCCUGAUGACCUGAAGUACAUCGAAGAAUUCAAUAGCAAGAACUGGGACUACACGUCCCCGAGGGCUGGGGCUGAAAGGCCCCCGGACGUCUGGACAGAUCGGACCGACGUGGGGAGGGCAGGGCAUGAGGCCACCACAGAACCUUUCCCUGAUUCCUCUUGGUACCUGACUACCAGUGUCACCAUGACCACGGACACCAUGACCAGCCCAGAGCACUGCCAGAAGCAGCCACUGAGAAGCCACGUCCUCACGGAACAGUCUGGGGUCCAUGUGUUGCACAGCCCACCUGCCAUCCGCAGGGUUGACAGCAUAGUGACCAGUGCGGAGGGUCCCUUUCCCACAAGCAGAGCCAGAGGGAACCUGGGAGAUGUCAAGGGGGGUCAUCCUGAACCUGUGCUCAGCAGGUGGUCUUGUGCCCCCUCCAGACACCCCCGAGACUAUGUGGAGGGGGCGCUCCGCCCCCUCGACAGACCCCUCUGCACCUCCCUUGGGUUUGCCUCUCCGUUGCACAGCCUAGAUAUGUCUAAGAAUAUGAGUGAUGACAUGAAGGAAGUGGCCUUCUCUGUCAGAAAUGCCAUCUGCUCUGCUUCUACUGACCCUCAAGUCAGGGACAUGGCCUGCCAGACCAACGGGUCCCGGACAGCAGGAACACAAACAAUCCAAACCAUAAGCGUAGGCCUGCAGACCGAGGCCCUGCGUGCCAGUGGCGUCACCAGCAGCCCCCACAAGUGUCUCACGCCAAAAGCCGGAGGUGGCACCACACCUGUGUCUUCUCCUUCCCGCAGCCUUAGGAGCAGGCAGGUGGCCCCUGCCAUCGAAAAGGUGCAGGCCAAGUUUGAACGCACCUGCUGCUCCCCCAAGUAUGGUUCCCCUAAGCUUCAGAGGAAGCCCCUCUCCAAAGCAGACCAGCCAAAUAGCAGGACCUCACCGGGCAUGGCCCAGAAAGGGUUUAGUGAGUCAGCCUGGGCCCGCUCUACCACCACAAGGGAGAGCCCUGUGCACACCACCAUCAAUGACGGUCUCUCCAGCCUCUUCAACAUCAUCGACCAUACUCCAGUGGUGCAGGACCCCUUCCAGAAGGGGAUGAGGGCUGGGAGCCGGUCUCGCUCAGCAGAACCUAGACAGGAUCUGGGCCUAGGUCAGGAAACAGGCACCAGUUCCCGAGGAAGGUCACCUAGCCCCCAAGGGGCUGGCUCAGAGAUGGGCAGGGAAGAUGGGGGAGAAUGCACGCCAGUGAGGCAGGACUUAUCUGCUCCUCCUGGCUACACGCUCGCCGAGAAUGUGGCCCGGAUCCUCAACAAAAAGUUGUUGGAGCAUGCCUUAAAGGAAGAGAGGAAACAAGUCACCCAUGGACCCUCAAGUCUUACCAGCGACAACCACGCAGGAGAAGUGGUCACAACUGAGCCAGGAUCCAUGGAGGAACUACCUUGCUCUGCACUUGCUCCAUCCCUAGAGCCCUGCUUCUCCAGGCCGGAAAGACCAGCAAACCGCCGCCCUCCAUCCCGUUGGGCCCCACCAUCCCCCACUGCCUCACUAUCUCAGUCACCUGGAGACCCAUUGUCCUUGGAGGAACAUGGUGAGGAGGAGCUGCCUGAAGAGAAGCCCCACCUAUGAUCUGAUGCAAUCUUGCAUGGAUUAUCACUGAAUAACUCACUGUAAUUUGCAUAACCACAACAUCCCCAUGAACCAAACUCUGUCCCAAAGGAGAGAUCUUGUUUUUUGUUUUUUUUUUCUCAAGGUCAAAGAAUGUUUUUAAAACACAUACACACAAACACACACACAGCUGCUGAAUGUUCAACCUGUGAAACUGAGAUGUUUCUAGAAUGAAACAGUAAAUGUGCCUGUAAUAAUUUUUUUCAUAGCUCAGAAAACUAUUUUUGUCUCCAUCUUUUUCUACAUACAGUAUAUGAAACAAAAAGGUAAAUAAGGUAUAAAUAGAUUUAAAAUAUAAGAGUUUCAAAAAAUGUACAUUUUCAGAGAUUAUGAACAACACUUGCUGAAUACUGACAGCCUGUCUGUUAAAUUUGCACUGUUCCACUUGAGUUGGGUUUAUCUCCCUGUUGAACUCAGAGUGUUCUAAGUUAAGUUUAUUUUGUCAGUGUUAACAGUUUUUUAGAUUUUUUUUUUAAUGCUUCAGGCUGUCUGACUCAGUGAACUUUUAUUAGUGAAAAGACCAUGAAGCCUGUAGAAAAGUGUCUACAAACUGGAAGGGAAACAGGUCGACGUUUCUGAAAAGGUACAGAGUCUUCAGAUGGGCUAGAAAAUUCAGUGUGAUCUCCGUAUCCUGCCCUACUGCACGCCUUCAGGCACCUGUACAUAAGCCGCUCGGUCCCUGCCCUCAGCCACGUGUGCGUCGGUCUGGUCCGCUGUAAUCUGUUGUGAAGUUCCUUUUGUUGGUCCCUUUGCACCACUGAGAUAACAGCAUUUUUAAAUUAUUGUUAAAACUUAACUGGCAAUGUACAGAGUUCACUUGACAUUCCUUGUUCAAGGAGAAGCACUACAAAAAAAAAAAAAAAUCUCACAAGGAUGCCAAAUUGAGACAAAUGAUGGUGCCUCGGAGCGAGUCUGGGACCAUGACAUGUAGAAAUAAAGCCUUUUUACAAGACAGCA